GUUUAUAAAAAUAUUGAGUUGGAAAUUAGAAAAAUGACAUAGAUAAUUAUCUCAAACCCUAAUAACCCACCGUAUAUAAUCUCACUAAACACUGCAUAUCCUUCCCACCGCUUUGAGAAAGAGACGAGCCGCAGCUCCCGACCUCCCUCCUCGGCCACCCAGGAAAGCGAAGAGUUAGACUGAAGAAAAUGGCGUACGCAGCGAUGAAGCCGACCAAACCAGGUCUUGAGGAGUCUCAGGAGCAGAUCCACAAGAUCAGGAUUACUCUUUCUUCUAAGAACGUCAAGAACCUCGAGAAAGUAUGCACUGAUCUGGUUCGUGGUGCCAAGGACAAGCGCCUCAGGGUGAAGGGACCCGUGAGGAUGCCAACCAAGGUUCUGAACAUCACCACCAGGAAGUCCCCUUGUGGUGAAGGUACCAACACAUGGGAUAGAUUUGAGUUGCGUGUCCACAAGAGGGUUAUCGACCUGUUCAGCUCACCAGAUGUUGUCAAGCAAAUUACUUCCAUCACUAUUGAACCUGGUGUCGAGGUGGAGGUUACAAUUGCCGACUCUUAAACUGUACCCGAUUUCAGCAUAGCUUUCCUAGUUAUCUGAAAGAUGAGCCUGUCCGUUUUACUCUAAUUUUGAACUAAGACUUGUAGUGUUUGCGAUUCUUGAGGUUUUGGUAUGGAUAUGAACAUUGGAUCAUAUUUCAAUAUUUAGUAGAAGUACGUUUUGCAAGAA